AUGGUCGACAGCGAAGCGAACUCACCAACAUGGAAGUUUACCCAAUGCUUCGGCGACAAGGGCGAUGUGGAGGACAUCACUGAAGCCGACAUAAUCUCGACGGUGGAAUUUGAUCACACGGGGAACUACCUUGCUACUGGUGACAAAGGAGGGCGAGUGGUUCUGUUUGAACGAAACGAGACGAAAAAAUCUUGCGAAUACAAAUUCCACACCGAGUUUCAAUCCCAUGAGCCCGAGUUUGACUACCUCAAGUCUCUCGAAAUCGAGGAAAAGAUCAACAAGAUCAAGUGGUGCCGUCGACAGAAUGCCUCUCAUUAUCUCCUAUCCACCAAUGACAAGACGAUCAAGCUGUGGAAAGUGUUCGAAAAGUCUCUUAAAGUGGUGGCUGAGAACAACCUUUCCCAUGAUAUAACGCCCGGGGGUGCGGUAGGCGGUGGCGGCGGCGGCCUUCGAGCUCUCCCUACAUCCCAGCAAUUCAGGGACGCCGCGGAUCUGAAGCUGCCUCGCCUCACGCACCAUGAUACCGUUGUUGCCGCCGUCCCCAGACGAACUUAUGCAAACGCUCACGCAUAUCACAUCAACAGCAUAUCGGUAAACAGCGAUGGUGAAACCUUCAUCAGCAGUGACGAUUUGCGUAUCAACCUCUGGAAUCUCAAUAUCCAGGACCAGAGCUUCAACAUAGUCGAUAUCAAACCCGCCAACAUGGAAGAGCUGACCGAGGUCAUCACUGCCGCUGAGUUUCACCCAAUCAGCUGCAACUGGUUCAUGUAUGCCAGCUCAAAGGGCACAAUCAAACUUGCUGAUAUGCGAGAAAGUGCUUUGUGUGACCAGCAUGCAAAAUUAUUCGAGCAAGAGGAAGAUCCUUCAUCAAGGUCAUUCUUUUCUGAAAUCAUUUCGUCAAUAUCCGAUGUGAGAUUCUCUUACGACGGGAGAUAUGUCCUGUCACGAGACUACCUCACCGUCAAAAUCUGGGACAUCAACAUGGAGCGGCAACCGGUCAAGACGAUACCCAUUCACGAGCAUUUGCGACCCCGGUUAUGCGACACGUAUGAAAACGAUAGUAUUUUUGAUAAGUUCGAGGUCGUAUUUUCCGGCGACGCCAAGAAUGUCAUGACUGGAAGCUACAACAAUAACUUCAUGAUUUAUCCCUCCGAUCCGGAUAAGGAAGUCGAGGUGGUUCUUCAGGCGGACAAGUCGGCUUUCAAAGCAAAGAAGGUGGGCGUUCCUACACCCAUUAACUCAUCCACAAGCCCAACAGCUGCGAAUGGUGGCAAGAAGGGAGGUUCACGGGCGGGCAGCCCGGCUGGUGGUGCGCAGGGCCAAAGGAUGCGGAAAGAGACGGACGCAGACCAGAUCGAUUUCAAUAAGAAAAUACUACACAUGAGUUGGCAUCCGUUUGAGGAUAGUAUUGCCAUAGCCGCGACCAAUAAUCUCUUUGUAUUUUCAGCACUGUAG